AUGAUGUAAUCGGCGACUUGUUGAGGCAGACCGACGGCUGCGACCAUUCUUCAACACAGCGCGAAAUGGCCUCGACGUCGACGCUGAGCUGGAUCAACCGCUUCAACGACGGCGUCGACCUCGACGUCGUCACCUUCUUCCACAAGAACUGCGGCGACUCGUUCGUCGCCAAGGCUAUGUGGGAGGUCAUCACGUUCACCGGCGAUGGCAUCUUCUUCUUCGCCGUGUUGCCGCCGCUGGCUGGCCUUGCGUGGGCGACAGGUGCCAUGCCUGCGCUCUCGCCAGACCAGAUCUACCUCGCGACGUACCUCACGGUGACCAUCAUCCUCGACUUUGCGCUCAACUUGGCCAUGAAGGCUGUGUUUCGGCGCCAUCGCCCGCUGUACCACAAGCACGACAUGCGCUUCCCUGGCCCCGACAAGUACUCGUUCCCGUCCGGCCAUGCCACGCGCGUCGGCUGUCUCUUUGCGUGGAUCGUCGAGCUCGUCACGUACGAGCCGCGUCUGCUGGCCGUCGCGCUGCGCCCGGUACCGCUCUUGGACGAGAUUGACGUCGUCGCGCAGUCGCGUGAGAUCCUUCUCACGGGCGUGAUCUGGGUCGUCAUGAACUGCAUUGGGCGGCUCGCACUGGGGCGCCACUUUGCAUCGGAUGUCGUUUGCGGUGCGCUGCUCGGAUACCUCGUCUUCUUCCCCGCGGCCCAAAGCGUCAUGCUCGCCAUCGUGCACCCGGCGCUGCUGCAAUUCUAACUCGACGCCCUCGUUGACCUCCAAUUUCCUCUCCAAGUCCUCCUUAAUAAUAAAUAUGCGCGUUGAUUCUCGA